UGAUCAUUGUGUUCUCUGCCUUCACAUACAUUCAUAAAUUCCCGUAUCUAUCGGACUAUACCUAGUGAACCCUUUACAGGAGGUAGUCGCUAUGGCUGCAUGUAUACAGCAAGUUGAAGCGACGAGGCCGACAACGACGCCUACAGCACCCCCGGUAAGCCCGCGCGAGAGGCUUCUGUCGAGCAUACGCGGAUGUCGUAUUACCAUCCCUGACCUGCAAUCUAUGAUAAGACAUUGGCCUCAAGGAGUUCAUCCAGAGAUCGAAAGGCUAGAAGAACAUGUCCAGAAGACGUUUGCAAGCAUGUCGUCUUCCUUCAGGGGCACAACUCGGUUCCGUAAACUGAAGUCAUCCAACAUGACAUUCUUCGGGGCUUCUUGGUGGCCAUUUGCAUCGUACGAGGCUCUGAAAACUGUUACGUCAAUGUCGAUAUGGCUCUUUGCUUGGGAUGACGAGAUUGAUUCACAUGAAUUCUCAACGAUUAUUAAGGACUCGGAGAAUGCAUCUACCUUCCGACAGAAGACUAUGGACUAUGUGCAGCAGAGCCUGUCCGGAAGCUCAGAGUCGCAGCUGUCAAGUAUAUCCACAGAUACUAUCAUAACAGGCUUCAAACCAGUGGGCCAAGCCAUAUCAAAAUCUUGUAAUGAUCGCCAGGUCACCAGAUUCCUCAAUGAGAUGAGCUUUUUCAUUAAGUCUUGCGGGGAUGAGCAGCAGUUUCAGUUGACGAAUCGACUCCCCACUGUUGAAGAGUAUGUAUGUUGCCGUCUAGGCACUGGAGCAGUGCGGGUAUGCCUUGCCACUAUUGAAUACGUAUACGGAAUUACACUAUCCCAAGAGGUGAUGGAUGACGAAGCGAUGCAACAAAUUUGGCAUGAAACAAAUGUUAUAAUCGGCACGACCAACGAUAUACUGUCUUUUAAGAAGGAGAUAGCCCAGUCGCAAGUUGACUCGUUAGUCGCUCUCCUAUCCUUAGAAUGCGGGUCUGUACAGGCGGCCGUGAAUCACGCUGUUGGAAUCGUGAGGUCUGCGACACUUAGGCUUGAGGCGGCAGAGAGGGAUAUCCUAGAUCGCUAUUCAUCGAUGCCCGCGGUCCAAGAGGACAUUCGGAAGUUUGUCGAGGGCUGUAAACAUGCUUGCACGUCGAAUCUAAAUUGGAGCCUUACGUCAGGGCGAUAUAGGCUUAACUGCCAGUCCAUGAAAGGGGGCCUACAUGUCACUCUCUGACCGUCAUGGGAAGUUUUUAUGAGGUAGACUGUCAAUAAAGUUGGGGUGGAUACGAUUAACAGUUGAAGAGUUAGACAUAGACAAUUGGCUGGCGUCUCGAUGAUAUCUGGCGUUAGAGGAUAUAAAACCCACUGAUGACUCUCGUUUCCGGAAGAAAUGCCGAAUCACAGGUAACGUAUAACUUCUACAUAUCAUG